AUGGCCAGAGCUUCAAAUAGCACAUCUGCCUGCAAAAAACUCCAUGAAUCCUCAAUAAAUUCACAAAUUGUUCCUAUAAGCCCUGCAUAUCUAUCUAGUGAGGUAAUUGGCCUCACGAGUCGCCCACAUUGGCCCAAUUUUUUCGGCGGGCCGCAGGAGCCCCGCGUCUCAUUCAUCAAUUUCAAAAACUUCAAAUUCCAUCCUCGCCUCUUUGUACAUCGUAGGACGCCGCUUAUUUUUACCAACAAUAUGGCUACUGCAGCUCUCCCCGAGAGCUCCCUUCUCUCUCUGCUUUAUCGAUCCUACCCCACUGCCAUCUCAGCUGAUGCUACUGAGCUCGACCUGGCUCAAGCGACGCCCAAGAUCUUCUCGCAUUACACUUACACCGACGAAGAAAAGGCAGCUAUUAAACAAUGGCUAGACACGAUACACGGUCUGACAACUGCUUUCACGAAGAGCGAUACAAACGUCAUCGAAACCAUCCUCAAGCAGAUCAACACACACUUGGCAACUCACACGACAUUACUGGGGGUCAAACCUUCCGUUGCUGAUAUCGCAGCCUACGCCGUCCUUGCUCCCUUGGUCGAGAAAUGGUCUAUUGAAGAACGCACCGGUGAGAAAGGUUAUCACUACAUCGUGCGACAUGUGGAUUUUGUGCAGAAUGGGUCUCUCUUUUCGCUAAGAAUUCCGGAUGAGGAGAAGGUCGUUAUUGAUCUUGACGACGUCCGUUUCUUCCCCAAGGCAGCUGAUCCCAAGGAAGAGAAGGAGCGCAAGAAGAAGGAAAAGGCCGAGGCUCAGGCAGCAGCAAGGGAGUCAACAGUCGUGACUGGAUUGACCAAGGAACGUGUGCACGAAGCUCCCGAGACUACACAGGAGAACCCUGCUGCCUCAAAACGGGAGAAAGAGAAGAAGGAGAAGAAGGAAAAGAAAGAAAAACAGCCCAGACAGCCCAAAGCACCUGCUGCCCCCGCAGCGCCCCCAUCGCCAUCACUCAUUGAUCUUCGUGUUGGACACAUUCUCCGCGCCAUCAACCAUCCAAAUGCCGAUUCCCUAUACGUAUCGACCAUUGACUGUGGUGACGCCCCUGGAAGCGACAACACCUCUCUUGAUGAAGCUACGGGCAAGACUGUCCGAACAGUCUGCUCUGGCUUGAACGGACUGGUACCAUUGGAGGAAAUGCAAGGUCGCAAGGUCGUUGUGGUCUGCAACUUGAAGCCCGUCACUAUGCGUGGCAUCAAAUCCGCCGCUAUGGUCCUCGCCGCAUCCCCCAGGGUUGCUGAAGGUGAAGAUUCACAUGCCGGUCCUGUUGAGCUGGUCAAUCCACCUGCAGAUGCUCCUGCCGGUGAGCGCGUGUUCUUCGAGGGCUGGAGCGUCGGCGAGCCUGAGAAGCAACUCAACCCCAAGAAGAAGAUUUGGGAAACCUUCCAACCUGGAUUUACUACUACGGACAAUCUUGAAGUUGGAUUUGAUAGCACACAGGUUCCUUCUCUGGCAAGUGCAGAGACUGCUGCUACUGCUGCCACUUUUGGGAAACUUGUUACUAAGUCUGGCGGUGUAUGCACUGUGAAGAGCCUCAAGGGAGCUACCGUUCGAUAA